AUGGAGGUUUCAGGGUUUUCUCUCUCUCUCUUUUCCUGUUUUCUCUCUCUCCUGUUUUCUCUCUCUCUCUCCUGUUUCUCUCUCUCUCUCUCCUGUUUCUCUCUCUCUCUUUGUUUUUCUCUCUCUCUCUCUUUACUGUUUUCUCUCUCUCUCUCUUACUAUUUUCCUCCUCUCUCUCUUUACUAUUUCUCUCUCUCUCUCUCUUUGUUUUCUCUCUCUCUUUCUCUUUUCCUCUCUCUCUCUCUUUACUGUUUCUCUCUCUCUCUCUCACCUGAAAAGUUUCUCUCUCUCUCUUUUUUUCUCUCUCUCUUUUAUUUCUCUCUCUUUACUUUCUUUUCUCUCUCUCUCUCUUUAUACUGCUCUCUCUCUCUCUUUAUUUUUCUUUCUUUCUUCUUUUUCUCUCUCUCUCUCUCUUUACUCUUUUCAUUUUCUUCUCUCUCUCUCUCUUUAGGCUUUUACACAUUGCUUUUUUCCUUUGACUUCUCAGCUCUUUCAGGUUUAGAUUUUUUUUUUUUUUCUCUCUCUCUUUACUCUCUCUCUCUCUUUACUGUGGGAGUGGUCCUCUCUCUCUCUCUCUCUUUAUUUAAUUUCUCUCUCUUCUUUACCAACGAUUUUCUCUCUCUCUCUCUUUGA